AUGGGUGAAGGUGGCUAUAUCAACCUCGUCAACGGCACGCCGUACCGUUGGAAGCGAACGGGCAAGGCCAGCUAUCAAAUGGACGGGUGGGAAUUCCCAGAGUCCAUCAACGCAGGAGUCGUGCCAUCCGUGUAUGUGGAGUUCAACCAGGACCUUCUCAAGAAACGUCAGGACACCAGCGGCACAGCCACGUACAAGCUCGAAGGCACAGACGCUUCCUUCACAGUCCACGUCGCCGACAAGCCAGAAAGGCUUUGGAUCCAGCUUGACGGUCUUGAAUCCAUUAACAAUUCCCGCGGUUCAAAGAUCGAGCUCGGAUGGCACCACGACGGCUGCGUCACGUUUGUGCUCUCCGGAAAGAAGGGGGACUUCCACACGUCUAACCCGCCAAUGGAUUGGAUGCAGCAGAACAGAAAGACGCUUGGCCAGCGGCCUCUGUCGCAGAUCUGCAUUCUGGGCACCCACGACUCGGGCAUGUCGACUAUCUCGCACUGUGAUAUCCCUGGUGGCGUCAUCGACCCAUAUGUGCUUUGCCAAUCGACUGGUGUGCAGGGACAGCUUGCUCAUGGCGCGCGAUACUUUGACAUCAGACCCCAGUACUCGGGCGGAGAGCUCUGGACAGGGCAUUACACCGGCAAGGUUGGCGGUCGGGGUGAAUCGAUUUCCAGUAUCAUUUCUGCUGUCAACGAAUUCACCAAGAAAAAUGCUGAGCUGAUCAUUAUCAACUUCUCCCACUCUCUACAGAGCGACACCGACGACUGGCGAGAGUUCAACAAAAAGGAGUGGCACGCGCUGAUGAAGGAGCUUCUCAAGUUGGAGCACCUGUACAUCGUCCAGGAUAAGUCCAAGGCCAACGACCUCAGCCUCUUGAAGCUGGAUGAUUUCAUUGGCAACGGCAAAGCAGCUGUAAUCUGCGUCAUGGAGCAGUGGGAUCUCGACAUUGGCGAGUACGCUCACAAGGGCUUCUACAAAUUAUCGCAACUCAACAUCCGCAACGAGUACUCCAACAAGGAUGACACGGGGGUGAUGGUGAACGACCAGAUUGAGAAGAUGAAAGGCCACAUGACCGCCAAGGAAAAGCGGUUGUUCCUCCUCUCCUGGACACUAACCCAACAGGCGCCGAACUGGGAUGGAGAUGUCAAGAAUUUUGUAAAGACAGCUCCACGGUCGCUCAAGCCGAUUAAGCAUCUUGCUCGUAGUUGCAACAAGGAGCUCUUCACGCGGCUUUUGCCUGAGGUUGGUGAUAAGUCGUUUCCCAAUGUGGUGUAUAUCGAUUAUUUGGAUAGUCAGGAUUAUGUGGCUUUGGUUGUUGCGAUUAACGAUAAGGUCUUUAACAACUGA